AUGAUUAGGAAUGGAAAAAUAGAAUUUGUAGACUACAUAAAUAAAAAUAAUGCUGAAAAGGCAAAUUUGCUUGAAUCAAAAAUACAUGUUGAUCUUCAGACGGUGAGGGCUACAAUUACAUUAAAAAUAAGAAUCCAUGAAUUGGAAAUAAUCAAAAAAAUAACGGGGAAAGAUCUCUGGACAAAAGAUCUUGAUGAAUUAGAAAAAAUAUGGAACACGUUUAUUAAUAAUGACAGAGAGAAUAUGUCACCACCAUCAUCUUCUAAUACAUUUAAUAGCAAAAAAUCUAGGUCUAAAAUUAAUACAAUUUAA